AUGUCAACUGCAAGAGAUAAAGCUAUAUUAAAUACAAUAUUAAAUCCUUUUUUACCUCAAGAUGGUGAUGAUUUCAAUGAAAAUAAUUCAGACAAUUCAACUGAUGAUAUCGGUGAAAUAACAAAAGAAAUUUUAGAAGCUCGAAAACUUGAAAAAGAAGGAAUUUUAAUGAUUGAAAAUAAUAAAAUAAAUGAUGGAAUUGAUAUUUUGAGUAAAGCCAUAGAAAUUGCUCCACAAUUACCAUCUUUGUACAAUAAUAGAGCACAAGCUCAUCGUUUGAACAAUGAUGAUAAAAGUGCUCUUGAUGAUUUGAAUAAAACUAUAACGUUGAGCAAAGGUUGUGGAAGAUCAGCACGUCAAGCUUAUUGUCAAAGAGGUCUCAUAUAUAAAAAAAUGGGUGAAAAUGAAAAAGCUGUGGAUGACAUUAAAAAUGGUGCCAAAUUGGGAAGUCAAUUUGCUAAAAUGUUUUUAAUACAAUUAAAUCCGUACGCGGCAUUGUGCAAUUCAAUGUUAUCACAAGUUAUGGAAAAAUUAUACAAUGGCGAAUCAAUCGAACAUAAUUAA